UGGCGGCGGCGAACACCAGCGGCGGCGGCGGGCAGUGCGCGCGCGGCUCCGCUCGGGGACCUGCGCCGGGCGGGGAAGGCGCGGAGGGCGGGCCGGCCGGGCGGGAAGGGGCGGGGAGCGCGCUCUGGUGGCGGCGGCGGCGGCGGUGGCCGUCGUCCUUAUCCCGGCGGCCCAGCGCUCGAGUGGACGCGGGGCUUCGCAAAUGGCUUGUCCCGCGCUCGAUCUGGAAGCUCUUCAGCCUCUGCAGCCGGAGCCGCCCCCCGAGCCCGCCUUCUCCGAGGCGCAGAAGUGGAUCGAGGUUGCUGAAUGCCAUAAAGCCAGGACUUGUUAAAAAGAUCAAUAGAUUGCCAACCCCCAUUGCAGGAUUGGACAAUAUUAUCUUAUUCCUGAGAGGUUGUAAAGAGCUGGGCCUUAAAGAAUCUCAACUGUUUGACCCAAGUGACCUCCAGGACACAUCCAACAGAGUAACAGUCAAGAGCCUCGAUUGCAGUCGGAAGCUGAGAAAUGUACUAGUCACCAUUUAUUGGCUGGGAAAGGCUGCAAAUAGCUACACUUCCUACAGUGGAACUACUCUGAACUUGAAGGAGUUUGAAGGCUUGUUGGCUCAGAUGAGAAAGGAGACCGAUGACAUUGAGAGUCCCAAGCGCAGUAUCCGAGACAGCGGCUACAUCGACUGCUGGGAUUCCGAGCGCAGCGACUCCCUCUCGCCUCCUCGCCACGGCCGCGAUGACUCCUUCGAUAGCCUGGAUUCUUUUGGCUCCCGCUCCAGGCAGACACCUUCACCGGAUGUAGUGCUCAGGGGAAGCAGUGAUGGGAGAGGAAGUGACUCUGAGUCCGACUUGCCACAUCGGAAGCUACCAGAUGUGAAGAAGGAUGACAUGUCUGCGCGACGGACUUCCCAUGGUGAGCCGAAAUCAGCAGUGCCUUUUAACCAAUACCUCCCCAACAAAAGCAAUCAGACGGCCUACGUCCCUGCUCCUCUAAGAAAGAAGAAGGCUGAGAGAGAAGAAUACCGGAAGAGUUGGAGCACUGCCACCUCCCCGCUCGGUGGCGAGAGGCCCUUUAGCUAUCCUGAAACAAUAGAGGAAGAGGAAAGUGAAGCAGGGUCUCCAGGGGAAGAGGACCCCAUCAGCCAGAUGGAUCCUGGUGGAAAUCCUUCUGAUGAAGGGUUAGGAUUAUCCCACGGCAGUGGUAAGGGGCAGCCUCCUGCAGAGGAAACUGCAGCAGCACCUGUGCCCCGGUCAGAAGAAAAAGGUGCUGCCGAAGUCCGAAAGCGCAGAAGGCUAGAGCAAGCAGGAAUCAAGGUCAUGCCAGCUGCACAGCGCUUUGCCAGUCAAAGGCAACCAAAUGAAGAGAAGGAAGCUGCUUGUGAUAUUAUUCUUCGCAAAGAGAACCCUUUCCUGGCCCAUCAGCAUGGCAAAGAUUCUGAGUCAGAAGAUGAAGUGACAUGUCGACUGCCUGAUCUUGUGAAAGAUGACUUUGCUGCAAGAAGAACAAGGAUGAACCAGCCCAAGCCAAUGGUGCCAUUGAAUCAACUCCUCUAUGGGCCUUUUAGAACGAAAGAGGCAGAGAGAUCAGAUGGCAGCAAACUGUCAAAAGGAAGUGCAGAAAAGAAAAGUCUAGAACACAGAAGAAAUCAGGGCCAAACAGAAGAGGUGACGUCACGGAUGGCCUGCGUCAUGACAGUUCAGGAGGGGGAACCAGUGGAAGUGAGAAUGAGAAAGGUGCCAGAUCUUUACAAGGAUGACCUGGCCAAGCGGAGAAUUCAGAGCUGCCUUGGCCCUCAACGUGAGGCCCCAAGCUUCAUCAUACCCUCCAACAUAACAGAAGCUGACCUGAAGACGUGGGAGAGACUGCAGGUGUCAGGGAAGACGAGGGAUGGAGACUCUCAGCACAUCCUUGCCCCCGAGCCUUCGCCAGAAAUUAAAACAGAAACUGCCAUCCGGGAUGACUUUGCUGGCCGCAAAGCCAGGGCCUAUAAGAAAGCUUCCAGCCCUAGGCAAAAAUUUGUGCAUUUUGGGCCAGUAACAGAGAUAGACCAGCAGACAUGGAAGCGGCUCAGCAUUGGCAAACCUGGGCCCCGGAAGGGCGUAGAAGACAUCAGUUACAGUGAAAGGGUUCAAACGCCCUCCAUCCCCCCUGCCUCCGCAGCUACCACUGGCUCCAAGGAAGCCCGGAUGCACACUCCCCUGAAUGACCACAGAAUAGUGAAUUCUGGCAUGGAUGACUGUUGCCAAAGGGACUCUCGCCCGAUUCCUGUGCCAGAGUCUCAGGAAGAGUGGGGCUGCAGUUUGAGUGAGUGCCCCAGAAAGACAGAGGAAGUUACAUCCACACAGUUGCCACAGGGUGGCAAAGAAGAAAACGAAGGAGUUGUUCAAGGAGAUGCUGAGGUGUUGUCCAAAGCAGAAUAUCCUGUGGAGAACACUCAGCCACUUACGAGUGCUUGGGCCUGUGAAGAAGAGACUGUAGGCACAAACGAGAAGUAGGAAAAGAUGACAGCUCCUGUCUGGAGCACCAAUGGAACAAAAGACCCGAAGAAGCUGGCUGAUUCACAAAAAGAUCACAUGGUGGCCAGGAGAACUGGGUUGGCCAUGAGACACAGAUUCCUGCUAGUUCCAGUUGCAAAGCAACAGGAUGCUGAGAAACCAAUCAAGGGUCCAGCCAUGCAGGAUCAGAAAUACGGUCCGAGAACUCCUGUGUCUGAUGACGCAGAGAGCACGAGUAUGUUUGACAUGCGGUGUGAAGAGGAGGCCGCCGUGCUGCCGCACAGCAGGGCCCGCCAGGAGCAGCUGCAGCUGAUCAACAACCAGCUGCGGGAAGAGGACGACAAAUGGCAGGAUGACCUGGCUCGCUGGAAGAGUCGUAGGAGAAGUGCAUCUCAAGACUUGAUCAAGAAAGAGGAAGAAAGGAAAAAAAUGGAGAAGUUACUGGCUGGAGAGGAUGGAAUGAGUGAACGAAGGAAAAGCAUCAAAACCUACAGAGAAAUCGUUCAAGAGAAAGAGCGGAGAGAGAGAGAGCUUCAUGAAGCAUAUAAGAACGCACGGUCCCAAGAGGAGGCAGAGGGCAUCUUACAGCAGUACAUCGAGAGGUUCACCAUCAGUGAGGCUGUCCUUGAGCGCUUGGAGAUGCCAAAAAUCCUGGAAAGAAGCCAUUCAACGGAGCCAAACUUAUCCUCCUUCCUGAAUGACCCCAGCCCCAUGAAAUACCUACGGCAACAGUCACUGCCUCCACCCAAAUUCACUGCCACUGUUGAAACCACCAUCACACGAGCUGGUGCCCCGGAUCCUAGCACGGCAGUAGGCAGUGAGUCUCCCAGCAAAACUGUCACUCCCAAAGCAGUGCCUAUGCUGACCCCCAAGCCUUACUCCCAGCCCAAAAACUCACAAGAGGUUCUGAAGACCUUUAAGGUAGAUGGGAAAGUCAGCAUGAAUGGGGAGACAGCCCAUGGUGAUGAGGAAGAGAAGGGAAGACAGAGCCCUACAGUGCCACCUGCUCUGUCUCUCACCAAGUCCCAGAUGUUUGAAGGUGUGGCCAGAGUACACGAGUCACCAGUGGAGCUCAAACAAGACAACAACGGCAUCGAGAUCAACAUAAAGAAGCCAAAUUCUGUUCCCCAGGAAGUGACAGCAACCACUGAGGAAGCUGAAGUGAACAGUCACGGAGAUGAGAAUGAUGGCGGCAAACCAGGAAGUGAGGAUGCAGACCUUACCACAUCAGAGCCACAGCACUUCACCAGCACUGUGAUGUGCUGCAGCCCCACCGUGGCCCUGGUGGAGCUGUCCUCCAGCCCCCAGCUGAAGAACGACGCGCCCCAAGACAAAGGCCCGCAGAGCUCCGAACACGAAGUGAGCGGCAAGGUGGAGCUGGUGCUGUCACAGAAGGUUGCAAAGCCAAAGAGCCCGGAACCAGAAGCUACCCUGACAUUUCCAUUUCUGGACAAGAUGCAUGAAGCCAACCAACUACAUUUGCCAAAUAUCAGUUCUCAAGAUUCUCCAAGCAAUGAAAAGUCACCUGCAACGACACCUUUUAAGUUCUGGGCAUGGGACCCAGAAGAGGAGCGCCGACGACAGGAAAAGUGGCAACAAGAACAGGAGCGUUUGCUCCAGGAGAGGUACCAGAAGGAGCAGGACAAGCUGAAAGAAGAGUGGGAAAAGGCCCAGAAGGAAGUGGAAGAGGAAGAACGCAGAUACUAUGAGGAGGAGCGUAAGAUAAUUGAAGACACUGUGGUUCCAUUUACUAUUUCUUCAAGUUCUGCAGACCAGCUUUCUUCACCCCCCUCUGUGACCAAUGGCAACGGGAUGCUGAAGAAGAUGGACUUGGAAAACUGUCAAGAUGAAAAACAAGAAAGAAAAGCGAAGGAACCAUUCCAGGGAGAUGACUAUGACUUAUUGCUGAAGACCGGGGGCUGUGACCCCAUGGAGGAGAAGGGCAGUCUAAUGCCAGGGGCCUUGGCUCAUUCUGAGAACGCCACAUCAGAAGGGAUCCACCAGGACCAACAGCUGGGGGCAGAGGCUGGAGCCCCCAGCUGUGGAAUGAAUCCACAGCCAUCUCAGGAUCCAUCCCAGCAUCAGCAGGUGUCAAACCCACCAGCCAUGCACGUUUCAGAAGAUGUGAAGCCAAAAUCCCUGCCACUGGAUAGAAACAUGAGCCAUCAGAUUGACUCUCCCACUGAGAGGCGGAAGAAAAAUCCUCGAGGGAACUUCCAGGCUGGGCCUUUCUCACCCUGCUCCCCCACCCCACCUGGCCAGUCACCAAACAGGUCCAUCAGUGGGAAGAAGCUCUGCUCCUCCUGUGGGCUCGCUCUGGGCAAAGGAGCUGCGAUGAUCAUCGAGACCCUCAAUCUGUACUUUCACAUCCAGUGUUUCCGGUGUGGCAUUUGUAAGGGACAGCUUGGAGACGCCGUGAGUGGGACGGAUGUCAGAAUCCGAAAUGGUCUGCUAAACUGCAACGACUGCUACCUACGAUCCAGAAGUGCUGGCCAGCCCACAACAUUGUGAUGUGGUAUUCCAGCUUCCAGAUCACUCACCGCUCCCUUAUUAAAGGUGUCCCCUGGCAAUCGCUUAACAAAAUCCCAAGUUCAGGGGCUUCUUGGCCUCCACCUAAUUUCUGAAAAGGCUCUUCUAAAAGGUGGUAUCUUUUUGUUGUUUUUUUUUUUUUUUUUGGUAGUGCAGUAGGUUUUGUUGUUCUUGUUUUUGCAUUUGCACAGCAUCUCCAAAAAAUGUUGAGUUAGAAUGAUCCUGAAGAAUUCUAAAAAAGGUUAUAGCAUCAAGCAAGUCACACAGGCCUACGGUUUAGUGAAAUGAUGCAACAAACCUGUUCUGUUUUAGUAUUUCUAGGAAUUAAACACUUUUGUUUACAGAAUUGAACCACAGAAAGUGUGCAACAUGCCAAUUGGAGACGUGGUCUUCCAAGACAAGGAGCAUCAGUUGAAUGCAUUUCAGAAACUAAACAUCACAGUGAGCUCUGUUUCUGAGCUGUACCUUGUUUUUAAAGCAGAGACGCUGGUCUGACAACAUGUGCUGUAAUCCUGAAACAUUUGUGUUACUUUCCUUUGGAGGUAGAGGUUAUACCAAUUAAAUUAUGGCCCUGUUAGCAUUAGAUCUUGUAUACCUUGAAAGUUAUGUUAUUAAUAGAGUCUAGUCCAUCAAGUGAAGAGAACCCUCGCAAUAUCAGCUAGACUUAAACUCGAGAACAUUGCCUGGGGGUAGGAAGACCCCAGAGGGAAAUAGUUCUGUCUUCAUUUCCAAAGUCACUACCAAGAUCUUUGUGAAAGUUUAACCAACAAAGAGUGGUGGGUCCUUGCAAGCAUGAGGCGUGGCUGGCUGGCUGUCUGGCUUCCCUGCAGGCACUAGAUCUUCAAUGAGACACACAACACCAAGGCAUGUGGACUAUGCGGUGUGGAGAUUGGUCCAUCAUGGCUGUGACACUGCUCACCCAUCCCUGCAAGUUCAUCUGGAAGCAAGCGAAUAUCCAGGAAAUAUUCAGCCCAACUGAUUAAAAUGCAAAUGAUGGAUGAUGUGUAAGCCCCUGGUGUGUGAUCUACAAGAACCCACAGCUCAGACCAGGCCCUGCCCCCUCUCAUGGAUAUGCAGGAGUUCUGGACCCCCAUCACAGAGUUCAGAGAGGAACUCUUGUUGAGAACUAGUGUGUUUUCUGUCCUGAGUGAGGAAUUUCUGUUGGAUAAGAAAAUAAUCAAGUUCCUAAAGAGCACCACAAUUGACAUCCUCCAGGUUGGUUUGUGUUUUUUUAACAACUGGAGAGAGAACUAUUUAUUCUGCCUUAAAAUCAUGGCAAAUAAGUAAGAUGUCACUUCAUGAAUGUGGACAAUGGAUACAAUCCUCAUAGGUGGAUGUAGUGGUAAAGCAGGUCAAGUAUAUAUCUUUCUGUUGUGUAAGCAAUAAUUUGUUUCGUGUCUUACUGAAUAUAGCUAGCAAUUAUUUAUUUCCACGCUAGAUGAUUUUUUGCAUGUAAAGUUCCACAUAGGUGCAGGAAUUUCCUCAGCCACUGGAGGUAUUUUGACCAUUUUCUCAUUCAGACAGCUGUCAUUAGAUUGGAAUUUACACAUCAUUUCAUUAAAAAUUGUGCCUUAGAAAAUGCAAAGCUGUUGCACAUAGUCCGUGAUGAAUUAUGGAUACAGUUCAUUGAAAGAGAGAUGAAGUCACUUCCGAGUUCCCAUGACUUCUCAUUGGAGGUGUCAGCCAUUUUACAAGAAAAAAAAUUCUAAAAAAAAAAAAAAAGAAAAGAAAACUAAAAAGAAAAAAAAAGUUUUGAAAAUGUACAGAUUAAGUCUGAUAUUUUGAUUAACCUCCUGCAUGUUUUAUUAAAUAUUUUGAUAACGUGGAUGUUUACACUUUGCAUGAUAGUAGCAGAGUACUUUGCCACAAAUGAUGCACAAAACAUGUACAAUAUGGUCAUUCAUAACCGACUUUUAUAGAAUACUUUUUACAUGUGGAACUCCAUCCGUUAUGUAAGGAUCACAUGAAUAUUGCACAUUCUCUUCUGGUUUCACAAACCCAUUUAUACAUAUUUCUUAGACUCAUUGUACAUGUAUUGAAGCUAGAAUUGAGUCAAGAAAAAUAAAACCCCAUUCUCCCGCUGCUCUCCCAUAAUGAGCGCUAGUCACCAGGGCAGAGUAAUCUCCAACAUUUUCUAAAUUCUAAUUGCCAACUGUUUCUAUUUCUAUUUGAUUUAUAUUUCAUUUGGAGUCUGUUACAUGGCAGCCUGGGCAGACUAGAUCUUAUGUUUUGCAAGGAAGCAUAAUGACUAUGAUCUAUUUCUUUUCAAAUAAUCUUUGAGAUCCCAGGGAAAAAAAUGUUCUGCUCUGCUGAGCUAUAAUGUAAAUGUGUUUCUUUAGAAAACAGACGAGGCAAGUGAGUGAUUUAUUGUUCCUAAGGAAGUAUAUUUUUUUUCUCAUACUCCAAAAGCUAGUUCCUUCCCUUUCUUAAGAAACAAAAGGGGGGAGGGGAGAGAAUUAGCUUUAUGUUUCACUAGCAAACUUUCCUGACAUUUUCUUGUUCUUCCUAUGUAGUGUUAUUAAUGCAAUACGUAUUCUAGUUAUCUAUACACCAAGUAAGAUUUAACGAACUGAAAUGACCCACCUCCUAUGUGAGUCUAUCCGAAAGAUGUUACUGCUGUGGGUGGGCCCAGGUUCUCUAUCAGUUACACUAACUUUCAUUGAAAAUAUUUAUUCUAAAAUGCCUCUGAGAUGUAGUUUUAAAAACGAAUACAAAUAAAAGGUUGUCUAAAAAAGCAAUGCUUUUAUAGUAAAUGUACAUUUAUAAAUAAAAUACUCAAA